AUGGCGCCUAACGUGCGUCUAGGCGUGCUGGGGUUUCUGCACCCAAAAAAGGUACCAGGCGUCACCCAUGACGUCGCAGAAGAGGACAUGAUGGUCGCUAUGCGGUGGGCGUUGGACAACGCCGCCUCCUUCGGCGCCAACCCUUCGACCCUGAUGCUCGCGGGCGAAGGCUCCGGCGCCUAUAUGCUGGUGCAAGCUGCCGGCAGGCUCGGCCUCGCCGUCUCCCGGGCUGUCAUCGAGGGCUCUGUGUUCUCAUCCGCGGUGCCCGCGAACGAUGGCGCAUUGGAACCGUCGAAGGAACUGGCCGGCAGACUGAACUGCAGCGUGAAGGAUCGCAGCGCGUGGUUCUCUUGCUUCUCGGGCGCCAAUCUGGACACGCUCCUGUCUACGGCUGCGCGAAUGAAUUUGCGCUUCGCUCCUUUAUGGAACGCGAUGAUGUUCAUAGGUGAGCCCUCUGAGAAGAAGCUUCCCACCAUAAAGGAGGUCGUGGCCGGCACCGACAUCGCACAGACGAAGGCGUUAGUCGAGGAGUACGUGAGACCUGCGGCAAAGGCGAGCGGCAAGGACACGACGGCACAAGCGCUGCACAAGUACACGAUCGAGUACAUCAUAGGGCGCGACCUUGUUUCUUUUGUGCUGAAGAAACUGGAGGGCAAAACCGACGAACAGUUGGCGACCUACCUGAACUUGGUACUGUCCGGUUGCGCUACACGUACCGUUGCCCGGCGUGCCGUAGACAAAGGUUACCACUACAUCAUUGACGGCGGUGACCGGCCACUGUUCGAACCGCUGCUCAGCACCGCCGACGUCGCAAAGUUCAUGUCUGACGGGUGA